UACUGUGUGCACGAGAUGUCCUUCUUUAGCCGCUUGAAAAAGAAACAGAAUGAAGGAGGAAAAGCCUCAAGUUAUUCGAAGACAGAGAAAUCAUUCGAGACUUUGACUGGGACAGCCAUUGAAGGAGAAGGAGCUUAUAUGACUAGUUCUACUGACCAGGAAUCUGGACUGUCUGGUGUAUCUCUAUUUAGUGGACUGAGGAUUAUGCCUUCCUCUGAGACGGCCACUGCAGUUGAAUCUCCAAGUAGUUCUAUUUCAAACCAACAUGGUGCUGUAGAGGAUGAAGUAUCAACUGUUGGAGAAUCACAAUUUUCAUUUAUCAGCCAGUCAAGUGAACAUUCUAGCUACGAAGUUGAGAUGACAAGCAAGAGAGAUGGUGUUGAUGUAUUGGCAGAGCAAGCAGCAAUUGAAUCUGGUAGUACUUCAAGAGAUGUUAGCAGUGCAGACAGGGUCAUCAGCCAUGUUGCUGAAUUUGAGGCAGCACAGGUAGAGGUUGGCAUAAAGACUGAUGACAGUGAUAUCAAAGGACAUUCCAGUCCUGGUCAAACUGGUCGAAGAAGAAAGAAGAAACUACGUGCCAAACGGCCAGGACAGCUAAAGGAGAAUGAAGAGCAGUCAGAGACAAGGUCACAAGAAGAAGAGAAGACUGAAACACUAGUUGUUGUUGACGAAGAUCAUAAUGAGAGAAUAAUGCACGUGACUAAUGAAGGCAUGGAAAGAGACAGAAAUUGUGAUGUGGGAGAUGCAGAGCUUGGUGCAGGGUCCACAAAACCAUUUCUUUCUAGUGUUUCUGUGAACAAUGAUUGUGACAAACCGACUUCCUUGUCAGUUGAAGUGGGAGAGAAUGAGGCUUCUUUGGUUGGUCCGGGUAAAGCCAUGCAGGAAACUGACAGCACUGCAUCAAUACAUUCAGAGAGUGAAGGAGAUAAACCAUGCAGUCAGCUCGACAGUCAGACGGUUGAGAAAUCAAGUGAGUCCGUGGCUGUAUUAAAGACAGAAGACACUGAUAGGAUGUCAAGUCAUGUACUGGAAGUACCUCUCAAUAACUCAUUAUGUAAUGUGGGUAAAGAUGCUGGCACUGAUGAAGCAGCGAGUGCAGUUAAUGUCGAGGAAGAAACCUUAACUAAGACCGAACAUGAUGAUAAUGAUGUUGCUCAUGAUGGAGAGAAGCAGUCAUCUUGUUAUGUUAUCGAGCUGAGCAUCAGUGAGAAGUUGGCUCUUGCUAUACAAAUGACUAAAUCUCAGCUGGAAGACAUCAGGCAACAAUGGAACAGUGUGUAUAAUGAUCAGAGAGACAAAGUGAUGAAUGCCAGGCAGAGACAUCAACUGAAACUGGAGGUAUGUCAACAAAUUCAUGAUGUUUGUCAGCAGCAAACUGUAGCUGUAUUGGAAGAAAACUAUGAAAAAGCUGACGAGCUUAACAGUCAAAUGGACAGCUUGACUGCACAAUUGAGUAGCCUUUCUAAUGAACCAUUUGGUCACUUGGAUGAGAUGCAUGACCAUUUUGCUACUCUUUGUGAAUGUGAGAUGAGUUUGAGAAAAGACCUGAUUAACAAAUUGACAAUUGUUAAGGAAGAGGAAUUGCAGGUUUUGUCUCAGUUCAAGCAAGAAUCAGCUGCUGUCAUAACAAAAGAACGACAACGUUUGAACAUUGACAGAGAUCGUAUGCAGCGUCAACAAAGUCACUUACAGUUAGACAAAGAUCAUUAUGAGAAAGGAGAAGCAUUACUGGAGAAAGAAAUUGAGGACAAAACAAUUGAGUUAAUGACAGCAAAGAAACGAUUUAUUGGACUGAGAGAUGGCAUCAGGGCUGAGAUUGGAGAGUUAGAGGCACAGCUUGUUCUUCUUCGGUCUCGUGAGGCUGAAUAUACGUCAUUAAUUGCUGUAGAAGAUGAAAAAAUUGAUGCUAUCAAGCAGGAAAUGGCAGUUGAGAGAGAAAGACUUGAUAAUCAAAAGGCACAAAUAGAUGAGAAACAAGUGCAGUUAAAUGUUGAAAUGGAUGAACUUUGUGACUCUCAAAAUACAUUUGAGUUAAUGGUAGAAGAGGCUAAAGAGAAGGAAACGAAAUAUGUGUCUGACAUACAGUCGGUUGUGCUUCUUGUUGAGGAUUGUGAAUCACGUGUUCAUCAACUGGUUAGCCAAGGACAGCUGGUAGAGAGAAUUUUGAUGCAGAGAAGAUUGGUGAGGGAGGAAAACGAAGAGUUAAGUAGUCUUUUGGCUGCUGAACGUGACUCAUAUGAACAACUUCAGUCUUUGACAAGCAAGGUAUUGGAUGAACAGGUUCAAGCAUCUAAGCUACGGAAACGACUGAAAGAUGUUGAAGAAUCUUUGCCGGGAAUCCAGGAGGCAAAGAAGCUCGCUGCAGCAGGUCGCAAUUUUAAGGAGGCAAGCCGGUUGGCCAAGGAAGCCACGGCUUUGGGCGAACAACAGCAAACUGUAUCAAGAGAGCUGUCUCAGUUGGAAAAGGUACUGGAAGGAAACGAUGAGACAUUGAGUUCUCUAAGGCUCCAACAUGAUUCUGACAAACAGGAAGUCAGCAGAAAACAGAGAGAGAUAGAUGUGAAGCUAAUGCAGGAGGCUGUAGACAGAGCUGUUGUUCUUCGUCAUCACAUUACAAGGUUUCAGUCUCAUAAAGACCUGUUUUUCUGUUUUAUAUUUGAGUCAGAAGUUAGUCAUUGUGAGGCCAUUGCUCAAGAGUUAAGUGUGAAGCAUGAGCUGGCAGUUCCAGAAUCAUCAUGCCAAUUGGAAGAUGUGUCUGUUGACGAGGGGGGCAAAAACAGUAUUGCAAUGACUGUGAAUGAUGGCUUGUCUUUGGAUCUAGACAAUGAAGAUGAACUUCAAGAGAGAACUGAGGAGAGAAAGGAAUUUGAUGUUACGGCUACUGACAGUAAAGUAAGUGGUGAAGGUCAAACAGGCGGUGAUGGGGUUAGUGAUGAGAACUCUGCUGUCCACGAGAGGAUAGCAGAACUGGAGAAGCAAAUUGAAACGGCUGUAAGGAAUGAAGACUAUGACAAAGCAGCAGCAUUAGAUGAAGAUAUUCAGAAACUAAAAUCAACUCUCUGAAAUGAUGGCAGAUAUUCACUUACGUAACAAUUAAUUGCUGCAAGAACUGAAGUAUGAAACUCAUACUUGUUUUUGCUAGAUUUGAUUUCAUUCUGUUCUGUGAACAAAUUGUAGUUAAUUAAAUUAUCGUAUUUUCCUUGUAAUAUAAUCUAUCACUGAUUCAUGAAG